UCAACAGGCCGCCGCAUCAGGAUAAAUGAGGAGCCGAGCUGCGGCUUCAGAGCCAGAUGAGAUGCAGAUUCCUGUGCUGCUUGUGUCGCUUGUGCUGGUCUGGAGUCUGGCCGAUGGAGCCAUUGUGUCCAAAUGUGACCUGAGGGAGCAGCUGGAGAAAGCCAUCGGCAACCUGACGGUGACGUCCAGGCAGAAACCGCUGGCUGGAGCCGACCUGGUGGCCAAGUUUGUCUGUCAUGCACAGCUGGCGUCUCAUUUUAACACCAGCUUAGUGAAGCGCUUGACCACGAAUAUCUACAAGGACCCGCUCAACCUGCUGUGGCCCCACAACCGGAGAAGACGGAGCACGCUGAGCCGCCGUCCCAAGGAUUCCAGCGGCUGCGUGCGAUGCCGCCGAGCUGCAGAGGCCGAUGGCGGCGGGACGUUCUACGGCAUCUUCCAGUUCAGCAGUCGUCUGGUCUGCAGCGACGGCAGCGCUCCAUCGCCCACCAUCUGUGGGCUGCCCUGCAGCAGUGGGUUCUGUACUUGGCCUGGGUAUCACUGGUGCACACGGAGAUCUCUGCUUCUGGUCACUGUGUGCUGUUUGUGUCUUUGGUGUCUUUGCUUUACAACUGGCUUUAAACCUUUUGUCUUUACAGAAUUAGUUGAUGACAACAUAAGUGACGACAUCCGCUGCCUGAAAAGUAUCUUCACUGUCCCUGGGAACGGCAGCUUGGGAGAAGCCGACCAGGAGGAAUUAGAGAAAAUGAUCGGGCUCAUCCUACAACCGCAGUGCUGCACCAUCCAACCCUCUGUGUACUUCGCUGAGUGCCCCUGACUCUGAUUCAUGUAACCUCUGCAACAGCAGCGAAGCACGAAACUGCUCUGAAACGUGACUAUAAUAAAG